CGUUUCUAGUGUUCAGCAAUAGAGGUCGCUGCCGGAGUUGUCCGCUGUUUCUACCACCAUACCACUCCUCCCUGCUAGUAACACUGCUGCCCCUCACACUCGCUCGGCAAACAUGGCAGACAGCGCAAGCGAAAGCGAUACUGAUGCAGCCGCGAGCGGCUCGGCCGCCCUGCAAUCCGCUUCCAGCAAAGCGGGGAUCAUAAUCUCCCCGUUCCGACUGGAAGAGCUUACAAACCGACUAGCUUCGCUGCAGCAGGAGAACAAAGUGUUGAAAAUCGAGCUGGAAACGUACAAACUGAAGUGCAAAGCUCUGCAGGAGGAGAACCGGGAACUGCGUAAAGCUAGCGUCACCAUUCAAGCCAGAGCAGAGCAGGAAGAGGAAUUCAUCAGCAACACACUGUUUAAGAAGAUCCAAGCCUUGCAGAAAGAAAAGGAAACGCUUGCUGUGAAUUAUGAGAAGGAAGAAGAGUUCCUUACAAAUGAACUGUCCCGCAAACUUAUGCAGUUGCAACAUGAGAAGGCAGAACUUGAACAGCAUUUAGAGCAGGAACAAGAGUUCCAAGUGAACAAACUGAUGAAGAAAAUAAAGAAACUGGAGAAUGACACUAUAUCCAAGCAGCUCACACUGGAGCAGCUGAGACGUGAGAAGAUUGACCUUGAAAAUACAUUGGAGCAAGAACAAGAAGCACUAGUAAAUCGCCUCUGGAAACGGAUGGACAAGCUAGAGGCAGAGAAAAGAAUUCUGCAGGAGAAACUAGAUCAGCCAGUAUCUGCCCCACCAUCACCCAGAGACAUAUCGAUGGAAAUUGACUCCCCAGAAAACAUGAUGCGGCAUAUCAGAUUUUUAAAGAACGAAACGGAGAGGCUGAAGAAACAGCUCCGAACUGCUCAGUUACAACAUACGGAGAACAGGGCACAGUAUAUAGAAGAGGAACGUCACAUGAGGGAAGAGAACAUCCGACUCCAGAGAAAGCUGCAGAGGGAAAUGGAGCGGAGAGAAGCCCUCUGCCGGCAAUUGUCUGAAAGUGAAUCCAGCCUUGAAAUGGAUGAUGAAAGGUAUUUUAACGAGAUGUCUGCACAAGGACUUCGUCCUCGCACGGUGUCCAGUCCAAUACCUUAUACACCAUCUCCGAGUUCUAGCCGACCAAUAUCACCUGGUCUGUCGUAUGCAAGUCACCCAGUUGGUUUUACACCACCAACUUCAUUGACAAGAGCCGGAAUGUCUUACUACAACCCCCCUGGUCUUCAUGCGCAUGGUGUUGCCAGGCCUUCCCCCAGAAGAAGCAACAGCCCUGACAAAUUUAAACGUCCAACUCCCCCACCUUCUCCAAACACGCAAACAGCAGUCCAGCCGCCACCACCACCUCCUGUCCAGUCGACAUCGCCACAGGCAGCUACUUCCCAGCACUCGGUGCAUCCCUCCUCACAGCCGUAGUUCAUGUACUCUGCAGCAGCUUCAUCCAGAGUGGACUUGUGACACAGAGCGCUUUAUUAAAAGCCAAAGGCUUAACUGGCAUAUUUGGAUUUGACUUACUUGCACUGAGAUUAUAUAGGCUUCACUGUUAACUGUGUUGUAAAUGCUUUGUUUAGAAUGCAGCCAGUGUUGUGGCCCUACAACACUAAACCUAACAACAUAUAUUAUUGUCAGUGUUUACUGGAACUGUGUUGGACAUUCUCUGGCUGAAACAUUUGCCACUCAAAUCUUUUGAAAGUACUGCAUUGUUUAAUGGCAUGCUGCUCAACUUCAACGGCUUUUGAGGCUUGUUUAAAAAAAAAAAAAAAAAAAAAAAAAGGGAACCCUUUUAUUAUUAUUUUUCCCCUCAGUACAGAACUAACAGGCAUAAAAAAAAGAUAUAAUCAAUAAGCAAAAAGCCUCAGUGUUUUAAUGUGGAUUUGCCAAGCGCUAUUUAGAAUCAGCACUACAUUUUAAGUAUGUAAUAGCUUCUGGUACAGAAGUCACAGACGCAUCAAUCAGUGCCAGAUAAUUAUAAUCUCUGAUGUGCAAAACAAGCUUUUAGGAGAUGUUCAGUGACAUAUCUUGAUGGUCUGUCCUUUUCAAGAAAAAAAGAAAAUGUAUAUAUAAAUACACACAAAUGGCAGGUACUAUGUAGAAAUAAAAAUACAAGAGAUGUUAUAUAUAGUAAGAGAACAUGUAUAACAGGGGGCUUAUUUUUAAAUUGGGUUUAUUUUGAGGGCUUAGGGAUUCUGUAACAAUUUAUUAACCUGUAACCCCUUUGUAUUUUUAUUUAGAAAGCAGCGACCACUUGUGGGGUAUUCACUAUACUUGUAAGUACAAUGAAGUACACAGUUCAGAGUGCUUUUGUUGGCUAUAUAUAUAUAUAUAUAUAUAUAUAUAUAUAUAUAUAUAUAUAUAUAUAUAUAUAUAUAUAUAUAUAUAUAUAUAUGUUUGUGUAAUAAAUAUGUAAUAAAUAUAAACUAAUGUGCUCUAUAAUUAUUGCUUCAGAAGGCAGUAGAUGAAGAUAUCUUGUCAGAGUUUAAUAAUGGGUGUUUAUCUUUUACAAAGUUGUUUCAUGCUUUCACAUCCAUGGGUUAACAAUGUUGAAACUUAACCAAUGAAAGAGUGUGAGUCCUUGAUAGACUGUUAAUAAGAAAAUGUAUAUGUUUAUGAUUUACAGUUGUAUGUGACAUCUUAGCAAGACGUUGUAUUGUUUGUGUGAGAGAAGCAAAGCCUAGCAUUCAUGCAGCAGCUUCUAAAAGUAUCAACCUGGUACAGUGUUCAAAUACAUCUUUUCCGUUUCGUUGAUACAAUAAAUCAUUUGGUUGGAAUAGAUGAUAGGUGUCUUUUUAAUUGGAGGAAGUCUGUCUUAUUGUAGCGCUGCUAUUGUUUGAGGCUUCAUUCUUCAUAUCCAUCUUACAAAAGUACACCUGCGUGUUGACAUGGUCAUCCUUUAACACAUUCGUCAAACUCUGUAUCCAGUUUUUAUUAAAUACCAUCUAACAUUAUAUUCAAUUACUUUGCUAUGUCAAUGUGUAUCACACUACAAACACAGGAUAAAGGAUUCUGUAUUAAUAAUAACCUGUGUGCUAUUGCAUUAAAUACUUGCAAUGGCCACCAUUUAUCUACUGUAAAUGAGAGGUUAAUUUAAGUAAAAUGAAUAUACAAUGAUUUUUCUAUUCUUUUAAUUAUUAGUGUGGUAGCCCCUUAGUGUUUGCAUGAUUAAAUAUAUUAAAUCAGAGCCCUGGAUAUAUGGUAAACUAGGAGAUAUCAGUAUUCUGGUUUUAAUGAUUUGGGAACAAAUCUUGCUAUGUAAGAAAAGUUGUAUUCAUUUUGUGGCUGGAAAGGUUGUAAGAAUAAAUGAAAACCAGAAUGAACCAGUCACAAACAGGGACUGAACAAUGGUGGAUGCUAAAGAGAGGUGGCUGCCUCAUCAACUCAACAAAAGGCUUCGCUCAGUAGUAUUAGUCUUACUGAGAUUGGUAUUCAGCCAGUUCAAACAGAAUAAUACAACUCUGAAUAACUAGACUCUGCAUGAUGCAUACAACCUGUCUCUGCUUAGAUAUCUUCUAUGUGGUUUCCACAAUGCAUCCGACAUAUGGGAGAAUGGUAUAAAAUUGACAACUGAUCAAAAGCUAAAGCUAUCUUCAAAUAAGCAGAACCUUAAAGGUGCGUUAUCUACAGGGUUUAGACAUGAACAAUACAUUUAAUGCUAGUCUGAAGAUUAUACAAAAAAAAUACAUUUGUUUUAAUUUUUGUUUUUCAAAAUUGAGCAUGUUGAUUGGGUAUCUGUGAAAACUGUUAUAUCUUUUCCUAGUUUUAGAGAGAAUCUGAAAACAGCAAGUUUAUGUCGUCCUGUUGGUAACUUAAUAUUGUUCUUGUGAUGUGUAUUAUUAUUUUAUUAAUAGUAAAAUUGCUACCUAAUUCCCAGUAUGACAACAAUAUGCAUUUAUAAUUGGCGUGCACCACAGGAAUAUGCUUUGGGAGUUAUCUGUUCUAUUUUUUUUCAAUUAUUUUUUUGCAAACUGCUAAAUAGACUGUUGACAUUGAAUGUAAAAGGUUUGCUUGUGUUUAACUGCGAUCAUUUCCAGAACACUAUUGAGCCUUAACUUGCUUUCCCACUUCAAACAAUUAAAGCCUUAAUGUGUUCUACUCAGUCUUUUCAUUGUAAAAUGUGCAUAAAAGCCUUUUCGUUCACUAAGCAAGUUCAUACUCUCCUUCAGGGAUGGAUGUACAAAAUUAGACCAGUAUGACUAGUGGGCCUAGUUACAGCUCAGUCUUUAUACAGACAGUCGAGAUGCAGUCACGUUUAUUGUGUCUGUUCACUUUUUUACAUGCACAAGUUAUAAAGUCAUUUGAGGACUAAUCUGUAACUAUGAGGAGUUAUUCAUCACAGUGCUCACUGACAUUUGGUAGGUGCUGUUGCCACAUGAUGUGCUUUUAGUAGUGUUGCUCUUGUUGGUGUAAUAAAGUCCACAUGGAGUUGUCAGUGCUGGACAUUUGCCUCUUUAUGAACCAAGGGCUGCAAUUUAUAUAGCACAGAUGCCACAAAUGUUCAAGCAUUUAUUUUUUUUUCUUUUAAAUUUGAAUUUCUUGAAACAAUUACAAUGUUUACAUGCACAAAGAACUGAUCCUUGUGUAAUGUAUUCUGUUGAAAACAAAUGUGCAUGACAGACGACUUAACUAUUCUUCUCAACCACUGCACUUAAAUGCAAUCAAACCCCCAACCUGAUUACCAUAACUAGUUUCCAUUCAGAAUGCAGUAUAUAAAUGAUUUGAGAAUAGAUUUCUCAAGUAGUUAGCCGGAAUCCAAAUAGAUUGCCUAUGAAUAGGACAACAGUCCCAAGUUUCAGUAUAGUAUUUUUUGGGUCUCAGUAGUUUAGUUAAUGGAUUAAAGCAGGAGUCAAUUAUUUGAAACCUUUUCUCCACUUUUAGUCCCAAGUUAUUUUAUAAUUAGGGCUUCUGAUUUUCUGUUUUAACCGAUAAAAGUGAUAACACCCCCAAUACACACAAAAAAAAAUGUAAUCUGUAUAUCCAAUAAACACUGGGAAAACACUGGAAAUGGCUACUCAAUUCACAAUACUUGACCCCUUUCCCUGGGAAAAAAAUAAUAAUAACAUUUUAAAAAAAAAACAUAACCAGUGCAACUGGGCAAUGUCCCUCCUUCUUGACUUGUACCUCGCAUUGAUUCGUUCUGAAUACUUUAAACCCAAAUUCCUACAUUUCUAUUGGAGGAUUGUAACAUGCUUGUGAGAUUUAAAACGAGAUGAUAAUUAGAAAUAGCAUGUUCUUGAUCGCGAGAUUUGAGCUAAUAAAUUGGUAUGGAAGAACUCAGCAACAGUUGGCGCAACCAUAUUCAGCCAACUCAGUUGGACGGCACACCUGGUUUGGACCAGUCUGGGAGGCCACUAUUGAAUUUGGAGCUCAUCUGAAUCCCAGUUCAAUUCAGCACUGGCCAAUAGAAAACUGUCCUGAUGGGGUCAUUGAAGCUUUUAAAUCUGUGAAAUGACUGACAGAGCCACCUUUCUUUCAACUUAUCAAAGGAAAAAGAAAAAGGUAUUUAUUUUGCAGCACCUGUAUAAUAUCAGAAAAAAAAACAGUAACAUGGCUAAUUAAAUGUCUUCUGUGUCUGUGUAUUUUGUAGCAAAGCACCGAUUCUGGGUAAUGUCAUAAAUUGCAACCUUAACAGGUGUACUUCUGCCCUCUGAACCAAUGUACUAUUAGUGUUGCAAAGUAAAUGUCCAGUACAGUGAAUUGAAUGUUCUUUUACACUUUGACCUAAGUUUAGGAGCAUUUGUUAUUUUAUUAACCAUAUGCAUUUGACUAGUAUAAAGGUAUUUCAUACUUCUAUGCAAUAUGAAAAAAAAGAUGACACAUAUAACAGUUUUGUUUCCUUGGCUUUUGCUGCCCAUGUUUUCUUUGUUUAUAAACAAUUUUAGUAAUACCAGCAUCGACACAAUUUUUUUGUUUUUUCAGAAAUCAAUUGUUUUUCAUAUUUGUUUGUGGCAAAGAGCCAAACCCCUAACUCACAAACAACUAGACUCAUGAUUCUGAUUAAGGCAAUUGCAGAACCUUAUGUUAUGCAAACAAUAUUGACAUCUGUAUCUACUUUAUAAUACUAAAAGGAGUGUACUACAUUCAAUGGCAAAUGUUUUGACUUUCUCAAUGUCUUUUAUUUAAGUAUUGCUACAUAUACCACCCCUCUCGGAUUUACAGUUUUGGAUGUAAACCCUGUGUCUGCUACAUACAUUUCACUGCCACUCCAGAAACACACUAGUUGCAAUAUUAAGCAGAGCCAUCGUUGUGUCCAGUAGUAUUGGUGGUGCUUUACCUAGUUUGAAUUAGUAAAUGACUACUGGUGUUCUGUUAACAAACAGCUUACUUCAGUGCUUUUCAGGUUUCCAACAACCUCAAUUAGUAAAUGUAAUACAUUGUACUACUGUACUUAACCCACUAGUUCAAAUCCAUUAGAGGAAGGUGAGCUGCUUGAUGCUUCUGUUGUCUCGCAAGAGCCGAGGGAGGUACAUUUGACACUUCUGUGAACAGAAUUAUCAUGUGUUAUAAAAUAAGAACAGUAUUUGCUCUACAUGUCAAAAACUCCCGCUUUUCUUUUUAUUUCAAUGUUCAUUAAAAGUGCUAUACGUAAGUAUAUAUGUCGCACAUUUAUAAGCACAUUUGCCAUGCGGUUUAUGUAAAUUGCAGUAAUUUCUAUUAUCCCUGCAGUUUUGUAAUCGGGGAAAACAAUAUGGUUUUAAAGCCAUUACAUACAGUGUAGAUCUGUGUAUUUGGUAAACGGCAUUUCGGACAAAGUGUAUAUGUGGUGUCUAUGCCUCAAAAUGUUAUUUUAAUCUUGGUAAUUACAUUGAUUUAACAUUGUGUAACUCGCGCUGUAACCAAAAGGCACUGCUAACACAAAAUACAUUAACCAAGACUUCCCAUCAAAAUGUUUGACAAAGGUCAUAUCUUUUUUGUACCACUGCCCCUCCAGAAGUACACUAAUAGCAGAACAUAGCGGUGUUAGUGGAGUAUAUGCUUCCUGAGUGCUACUUAACCUACUUUGAUUUGACUGAAUGACCGCUGGUGUCUGUAAAGCAUUGUUCAUGACUUGUUUUCUUCAAAACUUGAUUUCAGUUAGUUAAACAAUCAGUAAAUGUAGUACUUCCACACAAGUAAUCAACCCCUAAGCGCUGGAGUAGGUUGUGACCCAUGUUAGUGUUUAGAGUAGGUUGUGACCCAUGUUAGAGUUUAAAAACUUGUUUGUUCCCUUUACCAUCUGAGGGCCAAAGUUCUUUUGCUUGGGGCAACAAGCUAUUUGUCUCUGGCUACUGGUAUAGUUAGUAGUAACAAAGCAGAACCUUUUUUAAGGUUGAAAAGGAUUUAGUCAUGUAAAUGUCCACUUCUAAAAAUAUUUAUCCAGCAAGAAACCUGUUAUUCCAGAGACAAGCAUGCUGAAGGUCAGAUAAAACACAUUAUCCCAUGGUAAGUCGGAUGGUUCUUGUCAACUGACUGUUUUUCUGGACUUGGUAUUUAAUUGACUGGAACAUUCACAUUAUCCAAAAGAGCUGAUCCGACAGUACAUAGAACGUUAAUGAAGCUGCUGUUGGGUAAGAUAUAAAUAGGAGUACCUAUAAAGUACAUGGUGAAAUAGACCAUUUGUCAAGCUUAUAGUUUAACACAGUUUUCCCCAGUUUUUUGGCUGGUAGACAUUCACCUGGUAAACUAUUUCAUGCAUCUCUAUAUAAAAGGUGUGCGUCCUACUUUUAAACACGUUGGCUGUUAUCAAAUGUUGGCCAUUCACUUAAAGUGAUAUGAGCAGUAAAGCAUAUUAAACAGUUAGUUUUAGGCAUUGAGAAUGCUUCAUUUAUGGAAUUAUGGUGUAUCUGCAUAUUCUAUAGCAGUUGCUGAUGACUCUUUAAAGUGCCAAUUGGAGUUGAUUUUUUUUAAAAUGCUUUAUGUGUGAAAAAGAGCAUUAUAGUCUUGUCAUGUGUUCACUGUAUCUUUCCUGAGACAGCAUAACCUCGUCGCCUCUUCAGGAGUGACAAAAGCACUGUUCAGCCUUUUUUUAUUAUUAUUAUCAUUUCUAUUCUUCCAGUAACCCAGAUGGCAGCAGAACACUGUAGGAACCUGUCCUUUUUAAGUCAUUUAUUUAUUCAGGUGGACCUGCGGCAUUUACCUACCACCCUUUCACAAGGUAAAGGUCAGUGAAUUUGAAGAUGUUGGAAAGGCCAGCUGUCUUUGCUGAAAAGGCUGUUAUCUUUGCAAGUUGGUCAAGACAGUAAAAAGGGUUCAUUUUCCUUGCUCUUUAGAUUUGUGGUUAACCAAAAUGUAUUAGUCUCCUGUUCCGCAGCAAAUUUGGUUCAUUCCAGCUUUAAAUUCUGUUAAUCAGAUAUAACUUUGUUUGUUAAAUAUAAUCCCAGGCUAAACUAAUAGUAAAACCUGCGAUAGAAACAAACUGCUGUCUAAUGUUAAUGCAAAAUUGUCAGGGACUGUAUCCAGCAAACCCUACUGGCAAGGCACCUAGUGAAUUUAAGCAGACACUUGCAGGGUUGGCCUGUCCUCCAAGAGACAGUAGUUCAUUGAUGGUAUCCAGGGGCUGUUUUUUCAAAGCUUUUAAUCUAGAUCAUUUUGAUCCGGUUUUUCAGAAAAUGUCAUGCUGGAUUACAUUAAUCCAGAUAAGAAAUAAUCACGAUUACGAAAUCCAGUUUUUUGAAUAGGCUAGUUCUUAAGAAAUAUGAUUGUGGUAAUAAUGAUUAAUACACAGUUUUAUUUAUUUUGUUUUAUAAUAUAUAUAUAUUUUUUUACAAAAUCUAAAUCACUUUUGAUGUUAGUGCACAUAUAACGCAUUCAAAUAAUGGUUAUUUUAUUUAUGCCUACUUAGCAGAAAUUAAAUAACUAAAUCUAAAUUGAAUUAAAAAAACUUUUGAAAAAAGGCUAUGUGUUUUUAGACAUCUUCAUAGUCUUCCUCGUCGGUUGGGAGUCCAGCAUCUCAGAUGAGCUUGAAGGAGGCGUAUGUGAAGGCAUAUGCUUAUGAUAAUGAUUUUUUAUUAAAGCCAUACCACUAAAUACGUGUUUUCCUUUUUGCUUGCAAGGAAACAAAACUUAAAUAAAUAUGUCAAUAUUAUAACACUCUAUGGACAUAUAGUGUGUGUUUGCAAUGACAAUUCAAACAAAAUGAUGUUCUAUGAUCAUUUAAAAGCUAAAUCCAUCUCUGCAGUAGGAUCACAAUAAUCCUGGUAAAUCGUGAUUAAAAGUGCAAUCGGAUUACCAAAACAAAAUCUGGAUCACAGUAAUCCUGAUCACAUUUCGAUAUUUUGAAAAAGCUAAUUGCACAAUAUAAUCCAGAUCAAAUGCAGAAACCCGAUUUACCAAGGUUUUGAAAAAACGGCCCCAGGGGAUCAGAAGAUCCCCACUGACCUUCAUAUCUCCUGAGCUGUUGAAGGGAAUUGCUGUGGUGAGAGAGCACAAUUUGACACAAAAUAAAAAUAGAAUAUGGUUUAAUACCAUUAUACAGGACUAGCAUGAAACUCUUUGAUGCACAAGUUUGCAGUAUAAAAUAUUAUAUAUCAAAUAAGCUAUAUAAUCACUACUGUAUGACACUACUCUGUAGAAAAGACUUGUGACCUUCAGAGGUCUUUUUCUGGGGGGAUUACAUAUUGAUUGUGGUUGAGGCGUCCCAGCCAAAAUCUUUCCUCUGGAAUAUAUGUGACACAGUGGACCUUUUCCACUUGCUGCCUGGUACACAGAUACCACGCCUAGUUAACACGCCUUUAUGAAACUCAUAUAAAGCUUUGCUGCUACUGAUUUUUACUGCUAGUUUACUAGCAGCUAAUUACUCAAGGCCUUGUAUAUGUCAGUGAGCACUGGUGACAUAAAGCAUGAUGUGACUUGUCAGUUAAACUGAUGAGCUAUUUACAGUUUUUAAGAUUAUGUAAGGACACUGCUAAAGGUCUUUUGCAUUUGGUUGGAAUUUGCGGAAUAUUCAUUUUUGGGGGUAUUAAAAUGUGGAGAAGUUACCAAGCCAAUAAUGUUUUUUGACUUUAACCUUUUAAGUAGAGAGAUUCUUUCUUAAUAACACAUGCUUUGGUUUAGUUUUCAUUUGAUCAGAUUUGACUUGGGAUUAAAAUUACAUUUAAUGAAUUCACUGUGAGAGAAUUUUAUUAACUACAGUCUUAUGUAAGCUUUACUUUAAGUAAAAUCGGAUUAAGGCUUUCCAGUACAGUAGUUCAAUUAGUUUUUCCAUUCUUAACUGUGGGAAACAAAUGCCUUCAGUAUGUGUAAAAUACAGCCACUGUGUUAUGUGUACUUUCUGUAACCUAGGAAUUAGUCAGUGCCUCUUAAACACCAUGAUGGAACCAACGUAGUCAACCAAAGAAUAACAAGAUUUUGUUUUUCUAAUGUAUUCCAGUUCUGUAAGUACCAAAGCAAUGGAGUAAAGAAAAGUGUGAAUUCAAUACAGUGCUUGUUGGAAAAUAUAUAUGCAUAGACUGAAGCAACUUACUGAACUAGACAACUUAUUGUUGUGAACUUAAAUGACAUUGAACCUUUCUGUCAGUCACAGCAAUCAAAACUGAUCUCCCGUGUCUGUUACUGAACAGUACCACAAUGCCACCAUUUACCAACAUAUACCAUGGGGCUCUAUUCCUAGCGGUUACAUGAGAAAGACUAAAUUGGUACUAUUAGUAAAAAUCUGACAAACAAGUGACAUUUUGUGAUUACGGUUUACAGAGGUAUACCAUGAUAAAAGUGUUGCAAAGGACAUGGAAAUAUGCAAUAUUGCUAAAUAAUAAACUAUUCCCACUACAUGAACUAUAAGCUAGUCUAUGAAGUGAAGUUUGAGGUAAUGUGCUUGGAAAGGCUGAAGGUUUGAUAAAAAUUACCCUUAUUCAUGAAACCUCUGGACUGUUUAUGACUUUUAUUAAGUGAUUGUAAUAAGCAAAAUAAUUGAAUAUUUUAUAUAGCUCUCAAAUGUGCAGUUUUGUAAGAAAUACAUUAUAGCCUUCCUGUGCCAUUCAAAGAGUAAAAUUGUAUCCACCCCUUCACUCGAUUCUUUUCUGUCAUUAACCAAUCAGCUGCUAUCCCUAUUGACUGACAUGCUUUCAACCAGUGAAAUGCUCAUAAUUGCACAUUUGAGACCUAUGUUAAUUAAAGUGCAAAACCGGUCCAAUUUGUUUUUGAUAAUCUUCUAUGUAUAAUUCAUCAAAAUCAGUAAUAAACUUAAAGUAUGAAUAAUACAUACUGCACAUAGCUGUCAAAGUUUUUAACUGUACAGCUAUGGGUAAAAGUUUUGCAUUACCCUAUAGAAUUAACAAAUUGUGCCUCAUAAAGUCGGAACCUGCUGAUUAAUGUUACGUAAACAUAUUGAAUUACCGUACAUACCACUUUGUCGUUUUCCAUAUACUUAAUGUGACAUUUUGAAAUCUAACAUGAAAUACUGUACUACUAUUAUGGCUUCCGGUAGACUUUUGCAAUAUCAUUUUUUUAGUUUCUUGAAUUGCAUGAUGUUAAAUAAAAGAUCUCAAUUAUGUUAA